CGGCCACCCUCUCCCCACAGGAAACUGUUCAUCACCGUGGAUGCCAUGGAUAACACCUAUAUGCCCUACCGUGUGGUGGUUUACGGGGGUAAAGGGGACAACCUGAAGAAGCUGAGUAACGUGUACAUUGACGAGACCUUUACCGGAGAUGUCUGCAUCCUGGAGGAUAUGACUGUCCAUCUCCCCAUCAUCGAGAUCCACAUCCCGGAGUGCCAAGAUGAUGGGGUUGACGUGCGGAUUCGAGGGAUUAAGAUCAAGUCCUCUAGACAGCGGGAGCUAGGGUUGAACACAGACCUGUUUCAACCCAGCAACCUAGUUCGAUACCCUCGCCUGGAAGGCACCAAUCCAGAAAUACUGUACCGCAGAGCUGUUCUCCUGCAGAGAUUUAUAAAGAUCCUGGAUAGUGUCCUGCACCACUUGGUACCUGCCUGGGACUACACACUGGGCACCUUCACUGAGAUUAAGAACAUUGAGUGAAGAUCAUGAACAGUUCUUCUGAACAUGGCAUCUUUUGCCUACUCCUUGCUGCCAGAGACUUGACAGCGCUUCUUCUCACAAAUCUGAACCACAUUUGGCUUUGGAGAGGAAGCAGUUGAGACCCUCAGUAUGGCUUGAAGAUGAUCGUCUUUAAGUCUAGACCUGUACUUUGACUUAUUGAAGUUCAAUGUGGAGAAUAACUUUUCACACAAAUAUGUGCUCCCAAAAGGGCACACGGUGCGCUUGAAGAUUCGGGAAAGCUCAGGGAA